AUGGCCACCCGCCGGUGGUACCUCGAAACCUCCCCAGACGGCAAAUACCAAUUCGUCUCCCUCAAACGCUCCCGCUCUCACCAUCAUCACCGCCAUCAUCACCACCAUGAAGAACCGGCUCCGGCUCCGGCCCCCUGUCCAACUCCGACGCCAGCACCACCUCCUCCAGCCCACCACUGCUGCCGCGACGACUGCGCACACAUCACCGCGCCCGAACACAACGACCUCCUAGACCGCGAGCGCAAGCUCCGCGAAGCAAACGACGCCCUCGCCCGCGAAAACUACACCCUGAAAUGCGACCUCCAAGCCUCAGACGUUGAAGGCCGCCGCCUCUCGGCCCUGCUCAUCUCCGCGCAGGCGGAGAACCAGCUCCUGCGCGAGGAUAACGCCAGUCUGCGGCGGACGAUUGAGAGUUCGGGCGGGAACGCGGGCAAGUAUUUGCGGGAGGUGGAGAGGUUGAAGAAUAAGCUGCAAAAGGUCGAGAGGGAACUGGCGGCGCGAUUGAGGCAUGGUCCGCAUCAUCACCACCACUUCGGACACGGGCUCGGGCACGGGGUGGCGGAGAGGAUUGAGGAGUUGCGGAGGAUUGUGCGUGCGUGGGAGGGCAAGUAUGACGGCGUGGAGGAGCAGAAUCGGCGGUUGAGGAGGGAGUUGCAUGAGCAGCGGUGUGUUGUUGCGGGCCAGGAUGAGAGGAUUAGAGAGUAUGAGAGGAUUUUGAGGAGGCAUGGGUUUAGCAGGUACGAAUGA